AUGGCUUUGACUGAUUCGCUUGAUGAGUUGAUUCAAACAAGUCAUAUUGAUCCACAACUGGCGAUGAAGGUUCUUCUACAAUUUGAUAAGAGCAUUACUGAAGCUUUAGAGACGAAAGUUAGAACAAAAGCAACCUUUAAGGCAGGGCAUCUUCAUACAUAUCGAUUCUGCGACGAAGUAUGGACGUUCAUUAUCAAGAAUCCAAAUUUCAAAUUAGAAAAUGAACAAGUUCAUGUUGAUAAAAUCAAGAUUGUAGCAUGUAAUGCAAAAAAGCCUGGGGAAACUGAGCCAACAAAAAACUAA